UUUGCAUGCAAGUCGGGCGACUUUAUAUGCUUUAUAGCAGCUAUAGCAACGAUCUGCAAAAAUGUGCAUACUUCGUGUCCCGAUGCCCUUGGAGGAGAAAAGGUCCUCGGGGCUGGAAGGUCGGAUCCAACGUUUGGAAGACGAAGUUCCCGGGAUGGGCAGUGAAGUUCGCAAGAUGCGGGCUGAUUUAGAGGAGUUGAAGGCAGUGAACUCUGCAAUACUUGAUUCCACUGCCCAGAUGUUGGCCAUCUGGAAAAAAAUUGCACCAGCCGAGCCAAUCUUAAAGGCGGACUUCCCCAUUAGAACCCUGGACCACUUAAAGGAAGUGGAUGAUAAAAUAUAUGGGAACAUGGAGAAAUAUAGGGUAUAAUGAUUUCAGAAGAAAGUUUACAACGCAAUGUAGGAGACGAUUGUGACUGAAA